GUCAGUUUGCUGGAUUUUUGCUACCUAAGGUUUUUCUUUUUUGUUUGUUUGUUUUUUGUUUUGUUUUUGUUUUUUUUGUUUUUGUUUUUUUCAGUUUUUCAAUUGGUCAACCUUCAGAAUAAGAGUUUCUUCCAAACUAUAAAGGAGCUACUUCAUAUAAUUUUUUUUUCCAUUGGAGUUACAAGGAAGAUUUCAUUCUUUGAGCCAAACUGGAGCAAUAAUUACAGACACGAAAUGGAAAACUAUAUGACAUAUGAUUAUAUUAAUAUAAGCGACAUUGAAGAGGGUUUGUGUCGCAAAGAAGCUGUGGCAAAAGUUGGAUCCAUCGUUGUCCCAUUAUUCUUCAGCAUCGUGGUCUUGCUCAGUCUCAUUGGUAACCUUUUGGUUCUUGUGAUUCUUGGGAUAUAUGAGAAUCUCAAAUCAUUGACCAAUGUCUUCAUACUGAACUUGGCCGUGUCAGACCUGCUGUUCACUGUCGGACUGCCGUUCUGGGCUUGUUACUACAUCUGGGGUUGGACUCUCGGAGACCCAGCAUGCAAAGCUGUCAACUUUUUCUUCUACGCUGGGUUUUACAGCAGCAUCGUGUUUCUGGUGCUGAUGACCAUUCAGCGCUACAUGGCCGUGGUGCACCCUCUCUCGGACUGGGAAAGAGGACAGGGUUUUGCACUAAUCCCCAUCAUCGCUUGGGUGGUGAGCAUCGCAGCGGCGUUGCCAGCCCCACUCUACAGCUCAGUCCAGGAUGACCCAGAAGACUCCCUAAAACAUUACUGUGAGCAUAAUAUCACUGCUGCAUAUUUGACCAUUACAUACGAACAGAACUGUUUUUUUGUCUGCGCCUUUUUGAUCAUGGGUUUUUGCUAUGUAAGAAUUCUGCAGACCAUCUUCAAGACGCGAACGAACAAGAGACACCGUUCUAUCAGACUCGUCUUCUGCAUUGUAGUCGUGUUCUAUUUUGGUUGGGCUCCUUAUAACCUGGUGAUUUUUCUGCAAACCUUUACUCACCAUGGGAUUGAGUUUUUUACACGCUGUAAUGUCACACAUCAUCUUGACUACACCGAAUACGUCUGUAAGCUUCUGGCAUUUUCACACUGCUGCCUUAAUCCCGUGUUUUAUGUUUUUGUUGGUGUGAAAUUCAGGAAUCAUCUAAAGGGGAUUCUGCAGAAGAUUUUUCAAACCCCACCGAUCGUGGACAUGCAACACACACGAACUGGCACCAUUCAGUCCAUGUGCUCAAACAGCAACAACUGCAGAAGCAAUUCCACAACUAUCUGAGUCAGUGUAAAUACAUGCAUGAGUGAUGUAAGUGAUUUAUCCGAUGCUUAAAUAGGUGGAGGUUGAGGCUUUUUUUUUUUUUUUAAAUAAAGAUAUAAAGAUGUAACAUAUACUGUACUUUUUAAAAAUAAUAUUAAAAGUAGAUGUCUGGAGAUUUUUCCUUAACUAAAUGCAAAUUUGAGAUUUUAUUUGAUCCAGAACGACCAUUAAUUGCUUUUGAGAAGACCUAAGUUCAUUGGUGCCUUAUAUAAAACCCCACAAUCUCUUUCAAACGGUAUUAUAACGUUGUCUGGAGGAACAUCAUAAACAUGCAUAACUGGACAUUAAAGGCAUCUGAUAUAGUUUUGAGUGUACAUUUCCAUUGUGGACAUCAAGUGAAUGUGCUGUGUUUAGAGAACUCAGACUCCCCAUUAGCAAACAAAUGGACAUAGUUCUUUUUCAAAAGUGAUUCAAACUCAAGUCUAUACUGGUAGCACAUCCUACAGGAUUAUUCAUGAAACCAAAUUGCUUAGAAUUUUGUUUCAUUAAACUACAUUUUCAUUGUUUUCAUCACAGCAUUUUUUGUAAGCAGUAACUUUUAACAGGCAAAAAUAAAACCACAUACGUACGCAUUCAGGGAAACAUUUAGGAGCAACUGUUAUUAGCUGAAUGGUAAUUAGCUGAGCUCUUUACCACCAGUUCCCCUGUUGGUCUGAUAUAAAGGUUAAACCACAUGAUGACACGUUCGUUGAUGUCUUCAUUGGUAAUUUGGAAGGUAACUGGGUUCUUUCUUACUAUAUUUUUCACACAUAUAUAUGUUAUACUUCUAUGAAAGAGAGAACUGUACUCUCUAUUUGUGCAUAAGGAAUACAUGUAGGUGUAGUUGUGAAAUGUUUUAUAAGCUAAUCUUAUGUUCUUUACGUUUUUGCUUGUUUGUUUUGUAUAUAUUUUAGUUUGUUUAAAUGUGUAAUUUCUAAAGCACUUUGGGCAAUGCCAGCUGAGUUGAGUUUUCCUCUGUAAAUAAAUUUGACUUAAUUACUAAUUACUAUAAUGACUGAUAUUUUGUUUUUAUAAGGAAUUUAUAAUUCCUUUCUUUCUGGCUGCCAUUAUUCAACACAACACUUCAAAUCACAAUAAAUCAGAUAACAGCAAACCUGUGAGGUAAACAAAACCACAUAUGUGAGAAGGAAGUGAUAAUACUGUUUGUCUUUUUAAACUGUCAUGGGUGCCUGGAUUUGGAAGAAACAGAAUUUGAAGUCAAAAACCAGUCAUGGGUGAUUGUGUGCCUUUAUCAACAAAUCCACUGGAUUGACCGGUGACUGGAUUUCUGGAUUUGAUACCGUAUGUGGGAGCGAAUGCUUAAGAAUGUAUGAAUAAAAAGAUUUUGUCAUAUUUAGGCUUCUGAUGUAGAUGUAACACUAAGUGAAAAUAUUAUUCUCUAAAGUGUAGUCAGUACUGCACCAAAUUUUUGAGUCAAAAAUAAAUGGGCAGGUUAGUCAGAAAGCAUCCAACGGCUACCAGGCCAAUCUACAAGGAUCGUUACUUACCGAUUUGAGAAGGUUAAAAAACACGAGUAAUAUCACCCAUUCCAGUGGCGACAGUCAUGUCUGAACACCUUCCAGUCAGUCCUGAAAUGGGUAGGUUCCUCCUGACAUUGUGGCGUGGAAUAUGAAGGUGAUUCUUACCUCCUCUGGUGGUUAGGAAGGGAAUAGAACGCUAGUUACAUAGUUACAGGUGGGGGUGUGGUUUAGCAGGAG